UUUAUUAUUCAAAAUCCAAAAUCCAAAAUCCAAUCAUCUUUAUUCACAAGAAAAAAAAAUCAAAUCAUUUUUCAUUGGAUAUUUUAAUGCAAAAUAGGCAAUCCGGGUUUUGUCCCGUAGACUGAGAUCAAUCUGUGAAAACAGCUCCGACAGGGGUUUAAGGUUUUGACCACUUUGGAAUCCAUACGAAGUGAACCCGCUUUUACUUUUCUUUUCUUGUUUCUUGACAAACAAAAAGAGCAGAGAAGCAAACAAGAGGCGAAAAAUAUGGCGCUUUCCACAUCUAUGAAUUCCUUCUCCAAAAUCCCCAAAGCCGCUCCUAAAAACCCAAUAAUCUUCAACCUUCUCAAAACUCCAUCAUUGAAACCCCACCUCAAACUCAACCCCAUUUCAAAACCCUCUUUUCUUUCGCUUUUCUAUCAGCCGUCCAAUUUCAGACCCAAAACUCAAUGUUGUGGAAGCACCACGAUCCGCUCCCUCUUCACCGGCAUCGUCGAAGAAAUGGGUGAAAUCAAGCAACUGGGUAUGGCCGAUCAUGGCGGAUUCGAUCUCAAAAUACACGCCAAAACCGUAAUGGAAGAUGUCAAGCUUGGUGACAGCAUUGCCGUUAACGGAACUUGCCUAACAGUAACGGAUUUCGAUACUCGUUUGGGAGAAUUCAUGGUUGGGUUGGCCCCUGAAACCCUGAGGAAAACUUCAUUGAGUGAAUUGGAACCCGGGUCAUUGGUGAAUUUGGAGCGGGCUAUCCAGCCCACGGGCCGGAUGGGGGGCCAUUUCGUGCAGGGACAUGUCGAUGGGACGGGGGAGAUCGUGGGGAAAGAGGUGGAGGGGGACUCGUUGUGGAUUAAGGUUAAGGUUGAUAAGAGUUUGUUGAAAUAUGUGGUGCCCAAAGGGUUCAUAGCUGUGGAUGGAACUAGUUUGACUGUGGUGGCUGUGUUUGAAGAGGAACUUUGUUUCAAUUUUAUGUUAGUAGCUUAUACUCAACAGAAAGUGGUGAUUCCUUUGAAGAAAGUUGGGCAAAAGGUGAAUUUGGAGGUGGAUAUUCUUGGCAAGUACGUGGAGAGGCUUCUCAGCAGUGGUUUUGUUGAUUCCAUUAAAGGUUCAUGAAAUGCAGAAAGUGACAAAGGUGCUCCUGGCUCCCCCAACAUCGGAAAGACAUCGAGGGGUCCAAAGUCUGAAGUGUGUGCUAAAAUUUUUUAAGAUCCAGAGGCAAGAAGUUUCAAAUAUUUCAUUUCAACAAAGGGUGCCUUUGGAUGACCUAAAUAACAAAAACUUCUUCAUUCAAGGUCUUGAAUUAAAGUCUAUUUCUUUGAUCAACAUUCAAGUAAAGGUGCAGUGAUCUUGCCACAUGUUUACUUUACUUUUUCUUGGAUGAACAAAAAUGGAAUACUGUUUUAUUUUAUGAAGGUGAAAUGGACCAAUAUAUAUGAAGGUGUUAAAAAUAAAUUAAGAUGUGCUUAUUUUUUAUCUUGUU